GCGGUAAUUACGAAAAAAAAGGAAGACAAAAAAAAAAAAGGGCUCUUCCUGUCUUCCCGCACCCUCCUCUCUGGAGUUUUUCGCACGCUUCUUCCGCACGCUUGGUUUCUGGAUCGCGCUCUCUCUCUCUCCAGAUUCUUCCCUUUUUUGGUAUUCUCUUAGAUUUCCUUAUCGGCGUCUCUGUUUCUCUGUCUCCCUCUCUCUCCCUGAGUUGCGGGCCUUGGUUCGGUUGUCUUUUGGUGUACUGGGUGGUGUAUUUGAUUCUGGGGGCCGAAUUUUGGGGAAUUGGGGAGUAGGGUUUUGUUGGGGGGUCGUCCAGAUGAUGUCGGGAUCGACGACGGCGACGGAUGCGUCGUCGGAACAGGAGACGGACGAGUCGGAUUCCGGAUUCGUGGAGGUUGAUCCUUCGGGACGGUAUGGACGGUACAAGGAAGUGUUGGGCAAGGGGGCCUUUAAGACAGUUUACAAAGCAUUCGAUGAAUUGGAGGGAAUUGAGGUUGCGUGGAACCAGAUUAAGGUGACGGACGUCCUGCGGAGCUCAGACAACCUUGAGCGCCUCUAUUCAGAAGUGCAUUUGCUCAAGACGCUGAAGCACAAGAACAUCAUCAAGUUCUAUGCGUCAUGGGUCGAUACGAAGAUGGAUACCAUCAACUUCAUCACUGAGGUUUUCACAUCGGGCACAUUGAGGCAGUAUCGGAAGAAGCAUAAGCAUGUAGACUUGAGAGCAUUGAAGAAUUGGUCAAGACAAAUCUUGAGUGGACUUACUUAUCUUCACAGCCACGACCCACCUGUUAUUCAUCGGGACUUGAAGUGUGAUAACAUAUUUGUAAAUGGAAACCAAGGAGAAGUCAAAAUAGGUGAUCUUGGAUUGGCUGCUAUCCUUCGUCAGGCUCAUGCUGCUCACAGUGUGAUUGGAACUCCUGAAUUCAUGGCGCCAGAACUUUAUGAAGAAGAAUAUAAUGAGCUUGUUGACAUCUAUGCAUUUGGAAUGUGCUUGUUGGAGUUGGUUACAUUUGAAUACCCAUAUAAUGAGUGUACAAAUGCUGCUCAGAUAUACAAGAAAGUGACUUCAGGAAUUAAACCUGCAUCAUUGAACAAGGUUAAAGAUCCUGGGGUGAAACAGUUCAUAGAAAAAUGUAUAGCAGAUGUUUCACAGAGAUUGCCUGCCAGUGAACUGCUAAAGGACCCGUUUCUUCGCUCUGAUGGAGAAAAUGAAAGCACAGUGAACCCUUCAUAUUCAAAGGAAACCUGUUCAAGCCAACAAGGUGAGAAACCUAAGCUAGAAACUGGAGAAUGUACUUCUGUGGCUACAGCUGGUGAUGAAGCACUCUUUUCAGAAGAUAAUGUCCAUGCAUCAGACAAAAACUUGUCAGUCAUUAAGGAUGAACAAUGUGAGGGUGGCAGAGACUUUACUGUGAAAGGACAAAGAAAGGAUGUCAACACAAUUUUUUUAAGGCUUCGAAUUGCAGAUUCUAGAGGUCAUGUUCGUAACAUUCACUUUCCUUUCGAUAUUGAGGCUGACACUGCAAUUAGUGUUGCUAGUGAAAUGGUCACUGAGUUGGAUCUUACCGAUCAAGAUGUUACUACAAUUGCUGAGAUGAUUGAUCAGGAAAUACAGGCUCAUGUUCCUGGUUGGUUGCCUGGAGAAUCCUUUGAAGAUGCUCCAUCUGGGGACCAGGAAACUGUUCCACAAAAUUUUGAGGCUGACACAGUUGAGGAGCCAUGUCCAUUAAUGGGGGAAUCUAAUUGUCAACCUGGGGAGCUUGUUUUGGAGCAUCUUCCUUCAGGACGUCAGUAUUGGUCUGAUUCUCCAAAGGGCUUGAAUGGGGGUUCUCCAGUGAAGUCCACUCAUUCAGAUGUAUCUUUUCAUAUGGGUCCACAUCCAAAAGUUGAUGAUAAUAAUGUUGGUACUGUUGAUCACUUCAAAAUGGAUGAAAUUAUGAAUUCAACUAUCCUAAGUCCUAUUGAUGAAGAUUUUGAUACAUCAAGCACUGGAAGCAAAGAAACUGAGGACAUUGCACCAUCAUCACAAAAUGAAGCAGAGCAAGCAACAUAUGGAGAGCUUAAAGUUGAUAUUGAGCAGGAAAGUCAGUUAAAAUCUUCUGAGGAUCGUUUGGUUGGAAAUGAUGUUGAUACCAAUACCAUAGAGCAUGUUGACAUAUCUGUUGAUGCCGGAUCUGUUGGUGGCUCUUUGAAGAAGCCCAUCCUUUUGCCAAGGGAAGGCGAGCCAGAAGAUCUCAACCUGGCUAUCCAGAAGCUUGUAAAUCUAUUCUCAGAGCAGCAACAUGAGAUUGAGAUGCUGCAGAGAAAGCAUCAUCUUGCUAUAAGAGAAUUAUUAAAUGAAGUUCCUCCUGAACUCCACAAUAGAAUUUUAAAUAUAUGUCCCUUGAAGGUUCAAUAUUGUCACGCAAACAAUGAGAUGCUUUUUGGUGCACCAAACUGCUUACCUGAAUCUACAGAGGAGCAGUCAACUCAAUCCAAAAAUGGAUGCCCCACAGAAUUUCCAGGGGGUAGCAACAAUAAGAACCUUGAGUCAAAACAUUUGCUCGACAAUCAAAAUAGUCAGGAAUUACGGAAUGGCGCUUCUUCAUCAAGGAGUGGAGAAACUCUUUUCUUGGAUUGUGUUCAGAGGAUGCCUUCAUAUGAGGAUUUGGUGGGCCUUGGUGGUGGUAAAUCACAUGAUGGUGAAGUAACAUCUCAGAUAGGAAAGUAUGUUGGCAAUGGAAAUUUGAAGGCUUUAUCCAAUGAACAUUCGGUUCGGGAAAAUGUUCAGCCUAAGCUUAUCAGGGGCUUGCCUGGUAGUUCCAGUGCUGUUCACAUUUUCGGAAAGACUGGGAAAUGGGAUGCUGCAUCUGAAAAUCAUACAGGGACACCUGUCUUCAGAGACAGGUCAAAUUUGUUGAAAGGAAACACGAGAAAUUCUGAUAUGGGUAUUGCUGUAAUAUUAGAUGAGGCUUUAGCCAUUUCUAGUGCUGAGGAGGAAGCACCUGAGUUUCCACCAAUAUGACCACCUGAGUAUCCACCAACAUGACCUUUGGUAAUUUCAUGUCUGACUUGGCAAUACAAGUAGGAUGAUUUUAUCAUGAGACCAAAAGUGAGGCACUGGGCAGGUGAAUGCAUGAUAAAUUGAACAAAUGAGGCUUGGGCUGUUACUGGCUGUAUGUAUCAUCACAAAAUGAAUAAUGAGGCUUGGUUACAUGGCCUGUCCUGCAGUUUUUACUUCUUUUGCACCGAGUCCUGUGUCAGUUUAAGCAUGAUAUAUGGGGGUUUUGAACUUUUGACAUUGCUGUAUCUGGUGUCUUGGUGUUCCAUUGAACAUAUGGGUUGUUGGUUGUAUAUAUGCUCAUUCCAAAAGUGUCUAGAUUGCUAAAUCUUUUUCAAGUCCGUCUUGUAUUGUGGACUUUCCUCUAUUCUUUCUCUCUGGUUAUGUUGUUGUAUGGGUCACAUACGAUCCUGGUAUCCAUUGGUGAGACUACCAAGAACUGUAUUGCUUGGAUACUUGUAAUUUCAUUCAGUACAUAUUUGGUGAUUAUUGAAAUUUCUUGGUCUCGGUAACAAGCUAUUGCAUUUCACUUAGGACUUGGAGGGAUUUGUGAUGGCUCAUUUUUCAAGCUUGUUGCCUUUGGAGCUUAGGUUGAAAAUUGACAUUAUAUGUGCAUCAAACUUAAUAUGCUUUGAAAAAAAAAAGAUGAAAUCCUCUCUACGUUCCUUCAACAAUAUGGUAAGCCUAUAUUUAUGCUUUACUAUAUUUUUCUGUUUAUGGUAGUUCAAAAAUAAUCAUCUUUUAUUGCCAUGACAUUUGCUCCCAAAAUCACAUUAAUUGGCUAAUGAUUUAUAUACUGUGAAUCUUAGAUAAACAAUAACACAUUUGGUUACUUGAGUUCUUCAUAUUUGUUCUUUUGUUUUGAUGGUGCAAGAUGUAGCUGAUUUUGUAUCCGAAAGAAUUUAAGUACCUAACAAUGCAGUUCAGCCUUUUGACAUGAUAAAAUAGCUCCAUGAGAGGGAAGUUGUAGCUUUUUUUUUAAAAAAAAAACUUGUUUUAUUUGUUGCGCCACUCUUAUCCUAUUGAUAUUCCAGCAAAUCAAUUUUUGGAUAAUUUUAUGUUCGUUCGGAGAUGGGUUUUUGUCACUAGCAACACUCUGAACUGAUUCAAAGAUUUCUGGCUUUUGCCAGUCGGGACUCAUGUUGCCGUCUAGCAAUCCACUUUUGAACUGUUACAGGUGAUUAUUUCAUUUUAAAAUAUUUAUAGUUUGAAAUUCAGUUAGUAAGGUAAGUGGUCAAUGAUUUAAAGUUGAGGCCUUGAGUGUGCCUUUUCUUGGUUAAAGAUGAUGUCUGUGAUAAACCUUUUGACUCUUUUUCUUUUUUGGCCCCAGUUGUAGGUUUACGCUGCCUGACCCAUGAUGUUUUAUUGCUAAAGCAAUAGGUUGAAGAAUGUCUGGACGGUGGUGGCUGCUGUUUUGUUUGGAAGAGGUAAGAGAUCAGGUACUCUUUUGCUUUGUUUUUCUUAGUUUGGUUUUUUUGGUCAUUUUCUACUAAUAGCAGUAUAGCACAGCAAUCCUUUAUCAGUGUAUGUAUACUGCCCAAAUACUGAUCUGCACAUGCAAGUGGAGGACCUAUUCCCCAGCAUGGUUUGUGAAGCAUAAUGAUUGGUGUGAUCCAUUUGUUGUUGGAAUGUUAAGAUGGUAUCAUAUGCAAUUAGAUAUAAUUUGUCUACCAGUUAUCUUUGAUUAGGCCAUUCACUUUGCAACCACAGUUCUCAGAAUCUCAGUGCUUGCUAAUGGCAUGAGAAAUAUGAUGCAUAACUUCUCAUGUUUAGAAAUGUUAAAAAUAACAUUUAUCUUGAAAAUGAUGUUGUCGACAACAUUGACCAUAGGACAUUCAUGAAAAUUUUUUCCAAUGCAAUUUGUGCUAAACAAAGUCUUAUGCAUUUUAAACUCAAUUGCGAAUUAUUAACUUUUUAUAUAAUUUUAUUGCAAAAACAUAAAGAACAAUGUAGGCAAAAUUUUGAAGGACGAUAAAAGAGUAAAAAACAUAAUGUAAAAGUGGCAAAGGAAGUUUCUUUUUUCAAAGCUUGAGAUAGUAUUGGAAUGCAUCAUGAUAUAUCGCUCUGCUUCAAACUUCAUUUCUUCCCUAAGUUUUUUAAUGCGAAGCUGAGUACAUUUCACAGGUCAUCCACGGGUGUGUCGUUCUUGGAGUUGGCAGUAGGAGAGAAGCUUAUAGCUUCGGGAAUAGAUGUUGCUAGCAAUUUUCUUUGGAAGGCAGAUUGCAAGAGUGAUGAAUUAACUCAUUGAGAGCCAUAUCAUCUGGUGGUACACUCUUUUAUCUUUUUGCUACCAGUAAGUUGCAAGGAUCUGCUUGGCACCAAAAGAUACCAUGGAUGAAUGACAUAGUUUGAGAAGGGAACACGUCUGUUAUCCGUGGGCUCAUUGUUUUUCUGAUUUUUUCCUCCUCAUUCUGUUGCAUUACUUUAUAUCUGUAUUUGUUUGUCAUGAGGAUCAUAGUUCGAUGAUUGUCACUGGUUGAAAGUAAUUAACCAUUGCAAUUUUGAUUA